UGUUUCCUCAGAAUUCCGUCGGAAAAUUCCGAGGGAUUUCCAAGGAAAGAAGAAAUUCCGAGGAAUUAUUUCCGAAGACUUGUUUCGUCGGUAUGUCGUUGGAAUAACGUUAUUCCGACGAAAUUCCGACGAUUUUUUCCCUCAGUAUCCUUGUUGUUUUCUUGUAGUGUAUGUUCUGUUUUUAAAUUAUAUUAUCUGUCUAAUGUGUUCUGUUUUGAUUAUUCUCAGGCCAUGGGAUUGGAUUAUUCGUACACGCAGCCGUCUGAGUCGGAGGAUUAUGGUUUAGGAGGUUCAGCAGACAGUGGAAACAGCUUUACAGAGAUGUAUAUCCAGCUGGACCAAGCUCAGAUCGAAGUCGCGCACCAUCAGUACCCUCCGCAGCCUGAAGUGGAGUUUGGCUUCCCCAAGGAGUGCUACUGUGGUGGAGAGCCACUUGUAGCCACUUCUUACACAAGAACUGACCCGGGGAGAAGGUUCUACACCUGCAAGAACAAACAGGACGGAGACUGCCAUGUCUACAAGUGGUGGGACGUCGCGGCUACAGAGGAGAUCAAAGCCAUUGGUGCACAAGUGACCCUCCUCACUGAUAAGUUAGAUUCUCUUUCAUUCGUCGGUUACGAGGAGACCGAGCUGCGGGAGUUAAAGGAAGUUCAAUUUGAUAUGGAGCAGAAAUUGGUUAGGUUGGAGAGCAUUGUCUGUGACUUAGGUAGAAAGAAAUCUAGAUUUGGUAAUGGGUUUGAACUAGUUGUAGGUGUUCUGGUUGUUGUGUUAGUGAUAAUAGCCUUCGGAGUAGCUGCUCGUAUGUAG